AUUAUAGGCAAAAUGCUUAGGUUGAUCAGUUGUUUUUUUCAGUUUGCAGUCUAUAACUCUAUAAAUGACACAAUGCUUUGCAAAAUAAUAUCAAUGAAAAAAUUAUAAUACACAUUAGUCUUUUGGGAGGUCUGAUUUUUCGCUUUGCCAAGAAAGUUAUAGGUCGUAACAAAUUAUUCAUAUAUUUUUAACGUAAUAGAGGCAUGUCUGCCAUUAUCUUCAGAAAUGUCCAAGAAACCUUGGCACAUCUCAGCCUGCAUUAGCACGCUUUGAAUUUUAUGCUCCACAUGUCCAUUGAAUAUGAAGGAAUUGACAAGCAUUAUGUAUCCCACCAAACCCAAAUCACGAGCAAGUUAAUUGGAGUCAUUGGUCUCCCUAUAGAGAAGACUGAGUAGUGAAAGGAAACAUCUAGCCAUAUGUGAUAGUAGUCAAAAUAUAAGAUAUUGGGUAUAAUUUGAUUUCUAACAAGUUAAUUGGAGUCAUUGGUCUCCCUAUUGAGAAGACUGAGUAGUGAAAGAAAACGUCUGGCCAUAUGUGAUAGUAGUCAAAAUCUAAGAUAUUGGAUAUAAUUUGAUUUCUAAAGUCGAUCUAAAUAUUUUUGAAACCAAUCACACAAUUGGCAAAGAAAUAUAUAAAGAAAAAUAGCCAAUACCUACUGCUGCAUGCUCCUUUAAUUACUGUAGUUUGUCAAUUAAAUUAACCUAAAGAACACUCAUUGUGAGAUUAAUUUAGGCCAUUUACACAACCCAGAAGACAAUUAAUCAUGCAAUAAAAAGCCUAAGCAAAGAUUCAAUAGACUUUAGGAUCCAUUUGGUUGGAGGAGUGGAAAAAUGAGAGGAGGGAAAAUUAGUGGGAGGAUGGAAAAGUGAGAAGAUAGAAAAUAAUUGGUUUUUCCUUAUGUGUGUUUGGUUGGAGGGGUGGAAAACUUAUUUGUUUGGUUGGAAAGAAAAAUUGGAGGAUGGAAAAUGUAGUUUAUAUAAAUAGGAAUAUAAUAGUGGGAAAGUGAGAGGGGUAGGUGAGUGUAAUAAAGUAGGAGUAUUUGUGUAAAAUGCAUUUCUCAUCACUUUUCCUUCCUCAUUUUCCUCCCAAUUUGGGAGGAUAAAAAAAGUGGGCUCAGGAGGGAAAACUUUCUCCCCUAUUUUCUGUCUCUCCUAUUUUCUUUUCUCAACCAAACAAUAGAAAACAACAUUUUCUAUCCUAUUUUCCUCUCUUUAUUUUUCAUUGUCCCUAUUUUCACCCCAACCAAACACAACCUAAGGCAAGUGACAACCAAAGAAAUACUCCGACCAAGCUGGAAGGGAUCCAGAUGCUCUCCUCUCUUCCCCUAACUGGAAGGCCAUUAAAGCGGGAUUCACUAUUUUCUCUAGUGGAAUCUGCUGGUGUGUAGGGACUGGAGCAAGGACUAAAGUUUGGCUAGAUAGGUGGCUGAAGGGAGAAUCCCUAAGAGAAAUGAUUUAGGGGCCUCUAAGCUUAAGGGAUAACUCACUUACUGUUGAAGAGUUAAGAGAUGUGGGUGGCUGGAAAUGGGAUUUAAUAUCCUUUGAAUUGCCAGAUACCAUUAAGAAUAAAAUUAAAGCUCUUCCUUGGCAGGAAUUUGGAUUCUCUUAUGUGGAAAUUUACUAGAGAUGGGGAGUUCUCCACAAAUUCAGCCUACUUACUAAGCAUUGAGAAUGAGCCCACUGGAGUCCCUUUUAUGGGACAAUGGAUAUGGAAAAUUGAUAUAUUGCCCAAAAUUAUUAUGUUUCUUUGGUUGUGUUUCCACAAUAGUGUUCCUGUUAAGAGUAUUCUAGCAGCAAGGGGUAUAUAUUGUGAUGGCAAGUGUCCUAUCUGCAGGUCCCAUGAUGAAUCCAUUAUUCAUCUUCUCCGUGACUGCGAGUUAACUCACAAUUAUUGGAGAAGUAUUGAGGUCUCUCCAGACUGUGUUAACACUUUCACUGGUAGUUAAGAGGGUUGGCUGCACUCAAAUAGUGUGAAUACUGUUCUACACAGAUCUGGUAUUCCAUGGAGCACGGUCUUUUUAUUCACUAUUUGGGCUGUUUGGAAAAAUAGAAACAAGAUUGUGUUUGACAAUUCUAUUCCCAACCCGAAACUGCCUAAUGAUUGUAUUAAUCAAGCUAGAGAGUACCACUUUUGUGUGAGUAAAGGAAAGAAAACUAAUGCAAAGAUUGUAAUACCUGUUGGUUGUAAUAAGCCAAGAGAGGGAUGGUACAAACUUAAUUCAGAUGGUGCAUCAUUUGGAAAUCCGGGUAAGGCAGGGGGUGGUGGGAUCAUUAGAGAUAGUCAAGGAGCAUGGUUAAGGGCUAUGCAAGAUCAAUUGGCUUUACCUCAAGCAUCAUGGCUGAACUAUGGGCUUUGAGAGAUGGGUUGAGACUUACGGAGCACCUUGGAAUUUGGCAACUGGAAGUAGAACUAGAUGUUGUGGUGAUUGUUGGGCUGCUAAACUCAAAAAAGAAUCCUAACUCAGCUUAUGCUCCUCUGUUAUUUGAUUGCAGAUACCUCCUGGACAAGUUUCCUCAAGUGCGGGUGGUUCACGUGUUUAGAGAAGCCAAUAAAUGUGCGGAUUGGCUGGCAAAAUGGGACUGUUCUAUGCAGGAGGACUUUGCUUCCUUUGAUUUUCCUUUCACUGCUGAACUAGAAACUUUAUUAGCUAAGAACAGUAAUGGUUUGUACUAUUAUAGACUUGUUGCUGCCGGUAUGGCUUCUGUUGAUGUGUAGUUUUUUCUUUUGUGUUUAAUAAUAUUUCCCUUUUACCAAAAAAAAAAAAAAAAAAAAGACUCGUACGAGGUAUCACUCCACUGCUACUUUAGGUUCCUUGGAGUUGGUAUAGUUUGUUUAGUUGUUACACUUCACACAAGCAGAGAGAGAGAGAGAGAGAGAUUCUGGAUGGCUCUUCGAAGUGUGAGCAGAAAAUCCCUAUCUCUAAGGCUAGCGGUUGGCCACGUUCGUGGGUUGCAGAGCUUCUCGCUGCCAGAGCUGCCUUACGACUAUGGUGCUCUGGAGCCAGUGAUUAGCGGAGAGAUCAUGCAACUCCACCAUCAGAAGCACCACCAGACCUACAUCACCAACUACAACAAGGCGCUCGAGCAGCUGGACCAGGCCCUCGCCAAGGCCGAUUCCUCUUCCAUCGUCCAAUUGCAGAGCGCCAUCAAAUUCAACGGCGGAGGUCAUAUAAAUCACUCGAUUUUUUGGAAGAAUCUUGCACCCAUUAAAGAAGGAGGUGGCGAACCUCCAAAGGCUUCCCUAGGCUGGGCCAUUGACACACAGUUUGGCUCUCUUGAAACAUUAAUUCAAAGAAUCAAUGCGGAAGGUGCGGCUUUGCAAGGCUCUGGAUGGGUGUGGCUUGCUCUGGAUAAAGAGCUGAAGAAGCUUUAUGUUCAAACCACUGCAAAUCAGGAUCCACUUGUAACUAAAGGAUCAGCUUUGGUUCCAUUGUUUGGCAUAGAUGUUUGGGAGCACGCAUACUACUUACAGUACAAAAAUGUGAAAGCAGAUUAUCUGAAGAACAUAUGGAAGGUUAUAAACUGGAAAUAUGUGAGUGAAGUUUAUGAGAAAGAGAAUCCUUGAGACAAUAAGAGCAUAUUUCUGUGAAUAGGUUUUUACCGAAUGCAGGGUCUGACGAUGUUUCUGUAAGAAAAAUAAACGUCAGUGAAAAUGGGAGUUGGGAAGUUUGUAAUGAGAGUUGCUGUCUUUUGGUAAUCUUUCCAAGUAUCGGAUGAUUUGCCUGUCAUAACUCAUAAGAUUUACUUUCUUUUGGUUUUGCUUGU